GUCACGGGGUAACAAGGGAAGGGAGCGAGGGAGGAAGGGGGGGGAGCAGAGGCACCGGCAGCCAGCCCCGCACUCUCUCGUCGGGCCACCGCCACAAACGCAGCCUGCGGCUUACGGCAGCUUUCGAGGGAGGAAGGCAAGCGGUCACCCAAAGUCGGUGCUAAAUCGGUUUAUUGAAAGAAGUUUUUCAACAGGUUUCUGGAGGUGCCAGACCUGCAGAGCAAGCGUCGGCUUCCCCGGGAAACCGUUCAUGUCUUUAAUCACUGAAACCCCCACCGUGGCCACUAGAGCUGGGAACAGCGGUUCGGCUCUGGGGGGGGAGAGAGAAGAGGGAACCGGCGGGUCUCGCUCCCCCUUGAGCAUUCCCUAUAGCCUGUCCCACCCCUUCGGCAGCCGUGGGCCAAAUCCAGCGAGUUUUCCUCGCGUGAGUAGCGGCGGGAGGGAGGGAGGAGGGGGUGCUGGAGCCUGGCCCAGGAAAUGCCGGACCAGCACGGGGCUUCCUUUAAACAUGGCUCAGCAUAGGGAAAAGGACAAGACGAGCAGAUGUAGUUUGGUCAAGGGGAUUAGGUUGCCGGGGAGGGCCAGGGUGUGUGUGUAUGGGCGUCCACUGGCAUCCCCCACAACUCUUCCUCUCCUGGGAUGGCGGAGGAGCGUCCCUCACUGCCUCAUAGGUAAGGAAGGGCAGGCAGCCUGCCUGCACUUUCCAAGGAGAGCAGGAGCUCAAGGCAUUCCCAGGGGGACCAGUAGCCUAAAGAAAGCAGAUGAUAUAUCAAUAAAAGCUACUUCUCCUCCCUCAGUCCUACAGAAAAUUCACGACAAUGCUCCUCUCCCCCUUUUGGCUCGGCAGGGAAAUCCCGGCACUGCCUAGUCGUCCCCCUCGAACGACAGCAUCCUUUGUGUCGACGGGGCAGCUUCGGCGCUCCACAAAGAGCUCCACUUUCGAGGACUACCACACCCCACACCCCAGGGGCGGUCCCAGCGCUUUCCCCGCCCGUUCCCCACCUCUGCCCCCUUUUAGGAGAGCUCCCACUCUUCCUCCUUUUUCGUCUAGGGCAGCAGCUCAGGGCUGACAGUCCCUAGGCGGAGACUCCCCCAUUUCCCAUCCUACCUCCCCCCUCUGUCCCCUACAUCCCAAAGCGUUUAUGCUCCGGGCCGGUGUCACUGCGGCAGUUCCAUCUCUAUUUCGCCGUUGCAGAAUUAAGGCUGAGGUGGAGGCAGCUGCUUGGGGUACGGCUGGCGGCCCCCUGAGGGUCAAGGGGCGCCGCGGCAAGGGGCUGCGGGAGCAGGAAGCCCCAAAGAGGCGGCGAGCGCAGGCUCCCAAAACUUGGCCCUAACAUGUGCCACUUGCCCCCCUCCUCCUUCCCUCCCUGCUUACUCGUUUAUUUUCUAAAGGAAAGGAAUCCCAACCCCCGCCGUUUUCUUUUUAGGAAAACUUUGGCUGCCUUCCCCUAGUGUUACCUCAGGCGUGAGUACACACAGCCUCGGCCUCGCGUGGGUGUGGGGUUGGUACGUUGUAUGAGGGCAUGCUUUCCCGCCUCAUGCAUGAAUGAAGUGGCCCUCCAAAAAAAAAGAAAAAAAGAAAAAGAAACCGAGUGCGGACCUGGGAAGCAGCCCCGCGCGUGGGCUCCUUCCAGGCGAGCAGAGAAACCCCACCGCCCCGCAAACGUAAACGCGGCGGCGCCUGCGAGCAGGGCGCCCCGUCCGGUGCCGGGGGAGCAGAGGCAGCUGCCGCCCGGUGCUGCCCGGUGCUGCCGGCGGGGGGCGGCGGGGGGAGGCGGCGGGUGCGCCCCGUCGGGCCCCGCGCGAAGUUUUGCAAGUGCAACUUCGGGGGGCGGCGCGGGGGGGGCGCGGGGGGCGGCGGGGGCGGAUCCCCGCUGCGCCCGCGGCCUGAAAGGAAGCCAAUCGCGCGGCCCCGGCCGCUGCCAAUCAUCGAGAUCCGUCCAAUCCCUCCGGCGCGGUGUCCGAGCCGUAUUCCCCAGCGCGCCGCCGGAGUGUGGUGAGGGCUCUGCCAAUCGCGGGCGGGCAGAGCGGGGCCAGGGAUGCGCGGGGCUCGGAGCGCAGACAAAAGAAGUUAAAGAGCCGCUUAAUAUAUACAUGUUUUUGAAGGCGGGUAAAGGGAAAAAAAUAACAACAGCGAGCGUAGAUGGGCUUGGCUGUGUCGUUAUGGAGCCCCCUUUGAGCAAGAGGAACCCGACACUGAGAUUAGCGGAUUUGGCAGCGUCUCAGCCCCAUCCUCACCAGAACAUGACAGGCUUCCCGGGGCUGGGGAACCACCACGUCCACCCCCACCACGCGGCCCACCUCCACCCCGGGGACGCGGGCGGCGACCCCGGCGGCGCCCUCACGCCGCUCGGACCCGAGCACAUGGCGCAGCCCGCCGCCCUCAAGCUCACACCCGAGGCGCUCACCGCCGCCGCCUUCGCCGCCCCGCCGCCACCACCACCGCCGCCACCGCCGCCGCCACCACCGCCGCCGCCACCACCGCCGCCGCCUACGCCGCCCGCCGCCGCCCUCCCGGGAUACCCGUCGGGGGGGGCGGCGGGCCGGGACUUCCUCCUGCGGCGGGAGCUUCCCGCUGCCGCCGCCGCCGCCGUGCACGGGGCGCUGGGAGAGCAGCACCCGCCCGUCGGCUCCCCCCACCUUCCGCACCCGCCGCCCCACGGCGUCUUCAUCUCGGCCGCGGGCACCUACGGCGCAGCCGACGGGGCGCACGCCGCCUUCCCGCCGCCGCCGGCCGGCGAGCAAGGCGCGCCGGCCGGCCGCCACCCGCCGCUCAACGGGCAGAUGCGCCUGGGGCUGGCGGCCGCCGCCGGGGAGCUCUACGGGCGCGCCGAGGCGCACUACGGGGCUGCCGCCGCUUCCUCCUCCUCGGCGUUGCAAGGCUACGGCUCCGUCAACCUCAACCUGGCGGCGGCCGGUCACGGGCACCCGCACCAUCCCCAUCCCCACCACCACCACCAUCACCACCACCACCAUGCCCACGUCGGGGCGGCGGCGGCGGCCGGGGCCUUCCUGCGGUACAUGCGACAGCCCAUCAAGCAAGAGCUGAUCUGCAAAUGGAUCGACCGGGAUCCGCCUCCGCCGCCUCCGCCGCCGCCACCGGGCGGUAGGAAGCCUUGCUCCAAAACUUUCAGCACGAUGCAGGAGCUGGUGAGCCAUGUCACCGUGGAGCACGUCGGCGGGCCCGAGCAGAGCAGCCACGUGUGCUACUGGGAGGAGUGUCCCCGCGAAGGCAAGCCCUUCAAAGCGAAGUACAAACUCAUCAACCACAUCCGAGUGCACACGGGAGAGAAGCCCUUCCCCUGCCCCUUCCCCGGCUGCGGGAAGGUCUUCGCUCGUUCCGAAAACCUCAAGAUCCACAAGCGGACUCAUACAGGGGAGAAGCCUUUCAAGUGCGAGUUUGACGGCUGCGAGAGGAAGUUCGCCAACAGCAGCGACCGCAAGAAGCACUCCCACGUCCACACCUCGGACAAGCCCUACUACUGCAAGAUUCGCGGCUGCGACAAGUCCUACACCCACCCCAGCUCCCUGCGGAAGCACAUGAAGAUCCACUGCAAGUCCCCGCCGCCCUCCCCGCCGCCAGGCUCACAGAGCUAUGCGGCGGCGGGGCCCCCCGACGGUCCGCUGCCCCCCGAGGCCGACCCGGCCGCCGAGGCGCCCCGCGGCCGCGCCGCCGCCCUGUCCCCGCCGGUCACCAACCUCAGCGAGUGGUACGUCUGCCAGGCCGGGGGGGCUCCCCGCCGGCCCCGCACCCCUUCCAGCCGCGACACCUCCCCGGCUUCCGAGGAGGACGAGCCCCAUAGGACCUCGGGGGGCAGAACUGCUCCCUAGGGCCGUGCUGAGCUGUGCCGAGCUGCCGCCGGUGGCCCCAGCCCCACCACAGUGGCCCGGGCUGCAACAGCCACCUGGCAUGGGGGUUGCUCUGGAAGUGUCAUCAGGUUUGACUCGCGCUAUUUAUUCCAUGUACGAAACCCUAUGGUGUUUAUACGGUAACUAAUUUAAUUAAAGAGACUUGGACCUUUUUUUUUUCCCUUUUGGUAAGAAAAAGCAUUGUAAUGCCAGGCUGGGCCAUCUCAGCCACCCGCGCUGCACGGUGUGCAGGGGGACAGUGCCAAGGGAGAUAUCCUUCUCCCAUCCUGCCCGUGCCCAUUGCUCUUAUCAAGAGAGUUUGCUGGUGAAGGCUGCAAGCUGGCAGAGCCCAGCCUCUCUCUGGAGUGGCUCUUAAAUACCUUAGCUGCCACUCAGCGCCUCCUCUUUGGCCUCGGUAAAGCCCCAGGUCAGCAGCAGCCUCCUGACUGUAAAGCAGCACCUGCUAAAAUCCAGCCAAUCGAGGACAGGUUAUGCAUCCCUUAAAAUAAAAUUAAAUAAAUGCAUUUUCCUACCCCUCUUGAAGUUCAGCUCCUUUGUAAUUGAUGGUUUCUCUCCCGAGUCAGUGGGUCCCACCUGCACCCGGCGUUUUCUCUCCAGCCUUCUUUCUUUCUCCCUUAGCCCUAACCAUGUGCAAACGAUUUAGGGAAGGAAAGACAAAAGAUGCAGGACUCGUUUAUCACUCCUCCAUAGUUUGUACGUGUAUGGCUCCUAAAAUGCAGCCAGAGAAUAAGAGAAACCCGCUGCUAUUUGACAACUGUGAUACUGUGAUACAUUUUGGAUAUAUUUUUUUUUUUAAACACGAAAACUGACAGCGAAUUUCCCUUUUCUCGGGCUUGGUAUUAUUAUUACUCUGGUAUUAUUGUUUUUUAAAGUUUGUCUCGCAGAGGAAGACUUUGUCUCCAGCCCCUUCAGGGAUUGGGAAGGGGAGCAGCCCCCCAGGCCCAGCGAGUCCUGGAGUAGGGGGCAGGGACAGAGGGAUUGUCUUUUUAUUAUUAUUUUUAUAUAUAUUAUUUCCUCUCUCCAACCGAGCCGAUGCCUGCGAGCUUUUCAUCAUCCCCCUGAAGUGGCUCGGCAGAGUCACCUGGGAGGAGGGGACAGGAGCUGCUGGGAAAGAAGCGAGGGGUGGGGAAGCAGGCUGCCGUCGGGGUGCCAACCGCCCCCCACCCCCCAACUGCCCAGCCCAGCGGCCGAGGGGCUGCGGGGCGCGGGGACACCCCGGCCUGCCGCCCAUCCGUCAGGAGCCAGGAGCAGGGCGCAAAUGAAGUAAAGAGCACUAAUUCCUCCUCAGAGACCCUGAGAGGAGAAGCGGCAGCCUCCCUCCCCUCCCCCAGGGCUCGUGGAAAUGUGUUUUGUGUGCCGUGAAUGGUAGAUGUCGUCUUGUCAUUGUUAAUAACGUGUAUGUGAACGCGAUUAUUUUGUACAGUCGAAUUAAUUUAUUUUCUGACAUCACCCUUUUUCUUUCUUUUUUUUUUUUUUUCCUCCCCUGGAACAGUACAGAGCACACCAAAGAAUUUUCUUAUUAAUUUUGGUGAUAGAUUGUUGUUUAUGAUGCUGUGGUUUGUAAAAAAAACAAAAAAAAUUAUAUUUUCCAGCUUACUUGAAUGACUGAUGUAAUGUGAAACAGACUCUUCCUGCAUGUGCUCCGUGCGGUGUGUUGGUGCUGAUAUAUAUAUGUAUAGUUCAUAGAGAUAUUAUAUUAUUAGUACAGUGCAUGGUGCUGUCACUCUGGAAGCCUUUAAACGUUGUCUUCAUAUUGUUGUGUUGGAUCUAAAGAAGCAGAUGUUACUUUAAAAACAAACAGAAAACUUGAAUAGAAAAUAAUUUUUUAAAGUUCAUUCGAUUUGCUUUUUAUUCGUUUUUCAAAGCCCAUUUGAAUAAAUAGAAAAUAAUAAAGGAAGGUAUGAACUUUUUAAAGAAUAA